AUGGAGGUGGAGGAGGAGAUAAGACGCUCUCCAAAAUAUCGUGGGGAUCCGUGUGUUCCCGAGAGCUUCUUUGAUCGCGUAACGCAAGGGUUACGCGGUGAUCUCGAUCAUGAGUGGGACAGGCGUCUCCAACUGGCGGACACUGUCUUGAAGCAUCGAGAUGAGUUUGCCUUUGCUCAACUUGAGAACGAGAGAGCUCUGACGUCUCUGCGUGACGAGCUAAGGGUAGCUCGUGGGGAUGUUGAGUGGUCUCGGGAUAAGAUAACUGCUCUUCAGACCCUUGUCGAUGCCCAGCAUCGGGAACACAAGGCUCUCUGUGAGAUACUUGAGCGCAAGGGCAUUCUUCAUCAGAAGAAGCAGCUCACUGAUGGUACGGCUUAA